AUGAUUCUUACCAUAUCACUUUACUUCAAUAUUACAUUUGCUAUUGAAAUUAAGGAUCCAGAACAUUAUUGUAAAUCCGAAGGAGAACUGGAGGAAGGCCAAGUUCUAAUCGUCAACAAAGACGGGUCUUCUCUGUUGGCGGACCACGUUAUCUUCACCGCGUCCUCUGGGCACCUCCAAGAACGCCACCGCCAGUUAUUCUCACCGCCGUUGCCGGGAGACUACGUGAGCGCCUUGGAGGGCAUAGAGCUGGGCGUGGCCAACAAGGUGCAGAUGGGGUGGGACGACCCUUGGUGGGGUGAGGAUCCACUCGAACUCGACAUCGUCUGGACCGAGUUCGACCUGCCGGAGGAGAAGGUGGGUUUGAGGUCGACCUCGAGACCUCCUCCUCGAACGCUUGUCCCCGAGAUACCCGAGGACGUGUUAUUGGUCGCGGUGCUUAUGUGGUCGUGUGUUCUGCGCAGUGUGAUGUUGUGUGUUCACCUCAGCCCCCACGCUGUCAUCGAAGGCUUUGUGACAGGAGAAGCGUCGGAGAUCAUGGAAAGUCUGUCGGAAGAACAAGUCAGAGAACAUUUUCUGGAGCUGCUGAGGAACGCCUCGCUGAUGUCAAUUCCAGAGCCUAUGUUCUUUAGGAGUUGUUCUUCAGGGAGUAAGAAUUCUGUAGGAGGAGGUAAGAUUUUGUUUCUGGGUAAAAAGAUGUUUCUUCAGGGAGUAAAAAUUCUGCAGGAGGUGUUGCAGUGGGCGGGCGAACACACCAGCCCCCACAGGUUCAGCACCGUCGACGGCGCGAUGGGCACUGGCGAGCGGGAAGCCAAGAGACUCCUAAACGCCCUGCGUCUGGAAGGCGUCUACGAGUAUGAGAAAUGA